AUGAUAAUGAUGAUAAGUGUGACUAAUGGUGAUUAUGAUAAUUAUGAUGUUGUAGUAAAAGAAAAUAAUGCGAACAAUAAAAGUGAUAGCAGUGAUGAUACGUCGAAUACUUCAACAAAGCUGAUAGAUAAUGACGACAACGAUGACGAUGAUGAUGAUGAUAAUGAUAACGAUAACGAGAUGAAAAUAUCUAAUCUGUUGAUAGCAGGAAUGAUUGUAACUACAAUUCAGUAG